AUGCCCUGGUUCUUAGGCAAUGCGUUCAAGCUCCAUUCUAUGGGUGCCAACAUUGCUCGGCCUGCAAAGUCUGGUAUCUAUAUGCAUCGUGAUCAGAUGGGACUCACCCCUGAAACGAUCGAUCACCCUUAUCUUCUGAAUGCUAUGUGGUAUUUGGUGGAUGUUACGGAAGACCGAGGCGCCACCCGUAUGUAUCCCGGGUCUCACAACAAGAAUGUCGCGCCACUUAUUAUCAAUGAAGUUGGAGGAUCCGUUCCGGCGGCAGCUCCCGCUGGAACAUGUGUGCUCCUGGACAGCCGAACCUGGCACUCGACUGGCGUGAACACGUCGGACGCCACACGACCUGUCAUUCUGUCAGCAUUCUGCCGCUUCUUUUUGCAGGCCAUGGAGAACUACCCGGAGCUCAUGAGCGCGGAGACCAAGGCAAAAUUGUCUGACAGACAAUUGGGACUUUUGGGAUUCCGCGUUCCCGUGCGAGAUGGAAAGCGAGCGCAAGCGUACACCGCAUAUAAUUACCCAGGCGCGGAUUUUGGAAAGUCGAGGGCAUCGGCAGAUGUUGCAUGGCUCCCCAGCAAGACGAACGGGAAAUCUUAG